UACGGUAGCCCAGAGGACACACGCGGGCAACAAUGGCGGCGGACGGAAGCGGCGCGGAGUUAAACAUGAAGAGAAAAGCGGACCACGGUCAGGGCGACGAAGGAGACGAAGCCGAAUGGGUCGGGCCCCUGCCCAGCGAAGCCACGAAGACCAAAAAAAGGAAAGUGUUGCAGUUUGAGCGUGUUUACCUCGACAACCUCCCGUCAGCUGCGAUGUACGAGCGCAGCUACAUGCACAAAGACGUCAUCACGCAUAUUGUGUGUUCAAAGACAGACUUUGUCGUCACAGCCAGCCAGGAUGGCCAUAUCAAGUUUUGGAAGAAGAAAGAGGACCACGGGAUUGAGUUUGUCAAACACUUUCGCAGCCAUCUUGGUGUGAUUGAGAGCAUUUCUGUCAGUGCUGAGGGAGCCCUUUUCUGUUCGGUUGGUGAUGACCAGGCCAUGAAAAUAUUUGACGUCGUCAACUUUGACAUGAUCAAUAUGCUGAAGUUGGGCUUCCAUCCAGGUCAGUGUGAAUGGAUAUACAACCCAGGGGACGCCAUCUCCACUGUGGCCUGCUCAGAGAAGUCAACAGGGAAGAUCUUUAUUUUUGAUGGACGGGGAAGCAACCAGCCUCUUCAUACCUUUGAUAAGCUGCACUCUUUACCGCUUUCACAGAUCUGCUUAAAUCCUAAAUUCAGGGUAAUUGUGUCCGCUGACAAAGCAGGCAUGCUGGAAUACUGGACUGGCCUCCCAAAUGAAUUCCGGUUCCCUAAAAACGUGCACUGGGAAUACAAAACGGAGACAGACCUGUAUGAAUUUACAAAACACAAAACAUAUCCCAUCAGCUUGGUGUUCUCCUCUGAUGGCAAGAAAAUGGCGACCAUUGCCUCUGACCGGAAAGUCAGGAUCUUCCGCUUCCUGACGGGGAAACUGAUGCGGGUGUUUGAUGAAUCGUUGACGAUGUUCACAGAGCUGCAGCAGAUGAGGCAGCAGCUGCCCGACAUGGAGUUUGGGAGGCGGAUGGCGGUGGAGAGGGAACUGGAGAAGGUGGACGGCAUCCGCUUGACAAACAUCAUCUUUGAUGAGACGGGCAACUUUGUCCUCUACGGGACAAUGCUGGGUAUCAAGGUCAUCAACGUGGAGACCAACAGGUGUGUGAGAAUUCUCGGGAAGCUCGAGAACAUCCGUGUGGUCAAGCUGAGCCUCUUCCAGGGGACUGCGAAGGCCACACACACGGCACCCACAAUUGAGAUGAAGGCAUCAGACAACCCUAACUUACAGAACUGUGAGCCUGAUCCUACCAUCUUCUGCACUGCCUUCAAGAAGAACCGUUUCUACAUGUUCUCCAAAAGGGAACCAGAAGAUACCAAGAGUGCCGACUCUGACCGAGACAUCUUUAACGAGAAGCCAUCAAAGGAGGAGGUGAUGGCUGCCACACAGGCCGAGGGGCCGAAGAGAGUAUCUGACAGUGCCAUUAUCCACACAACCAUUGGAGACAUCCAUAUCAAGCUGUUUCCUGUUGAAUGCCCCAAGACUGUCGAGAACUUCUGUGUCCACAGCAGGAAUGGCUAUUACAAUGGACACAUAUUCCACAGAGUAAUCAAGGGUUUCAUGAUCCAGACUGGAGACCCCACAGGCACAGGGAUGGGAGGAGAGAGUAUCUGGGGAGGAGAGUUUGAGGAUGAGUUUCACGCCACACUGAGACAUGACCGCCCGUACACUCUCAGUAUGGCCAACGGAGGCCCUGGCACCAACGGAUCACAGUUUUUCAUCACUGUCGUGCCAACUCCUUGGCUCGACAACAAGCAUACUGUAUUCGGACGGAGCACAAAAGGUAUGGAAGUAGUCCAGAGGAUCUCCAAUGUUAAAGUCAACCCCAAGACGGACAAACCUUUUGAAGACAUCAGCAUCAUCAACAUCACUGUAAAGUGAUCCUGCUCCCUGCUCAUAACCUGUACAUUUUUUUUUACCAAAUAAAUUUUGAAAUAA